CGAAAACAUCUAUACAUCUAUAAUACAGUAAAAAGUACGUUGAAAAUGGCCCUACAAUGUUCGUUUUUGUUCAUUCCAUGCAUGCUACUUCUCUCGUCCCUGGUCGCCGCCGGAGCAGCCACAAUCACCGACGGAGAACUACUUUCUUCCAUGAUCGGAGUUCAAGGUCUCAUCUACUGUAAACAAGGAUCCAAGCUUACCCCUCUCCAAGGUGCGGUGGCUAGGGUGACAUGCGAGACAGCCGACGAAUACGGUUACGAGGGAGAGGAUGUGACGGUGCUUAGCCAAGCGACGGAUGCUAAGGGUUAUUUCCUGGCGACGCUUUCUCCAUCGGAGGUGAAGGGGUUAAAGAAGAAGGUGAUCAAGAUUAAAGAGUGCAGAGCGUUUCUUGAGCUUUCUCCAGCUGAUACAUGUUCUUAUCCGACCGAGAUCAACCGUGGAAUUAGCGGAGCCAUUCUCCAGACAUAUCGUCUCAUAGAAAACAAGCUUAAGAUGAAGCUCUUCACCGUUGGCCCUUUCGUGUUCUCCCCUGAAGAAACUCAGGACAAGUCUAUCCCCAAUGGUUACUAAAUAGUUUAUAUACAUGCCUUAAACGGGCCUCAAUGGGACACAUGAUCUUGUUAUCUCACAAUUGUCAAACGUUGUUUUCUUUCUUGUUUAACAUCCAUCACUUGCUUUGUUGUUUUGAAAUCAGCAGUAUCAAGUGUUUUGUUUUUUGAUUAUAUAUAU